GCCCCGGGCCGCUGCGGCCUCACCAUGAGCGACAUCCGCCACUCGCUGCUGCGCCGCGACGCGCUGAGCGCCGCCAAGGAGGUGCUGUACCAUCUGGACAUCUACUUCAGCAGCCAGCUGCAGAGCGCGCCGCUGCCCAUCGUGGACAAGGGCCCCGUGGAGCUGCUGGAGGAGUUCGUGUUCCAGGUGCCCAAGGAGCGCGGCGCGCAGCCCAAGAGAUUGAAUUCACUUCAGGAGCUCCAACUUCUUGAAAUCAUGUGCAAUUAUUUCCAGGAGCAAACCAAGGACUCUGUCCGGCAGAUUAUUUUCUCAUCCCUUUUCAGCCCCCAAGGGAACAAAGCCGAUGACAGUCGAAUGAGCUUGUUGGGAAAACUGGUCUCCAUGGCAGUGGCUGUAUGUCGAAUCCCAGUGUUGGAGUGUGCAGCCUCCUGGCUCCAGCGGACGCCCGUGGUCUACUGCGUGAGGUUAGCCAGGGCCCUCGUGGACGACUACUGCUGCCUGGUGCCGGGAUCCGUCCAGACGCUGAAGCAGAUAUUCAGUGCCAGCCCUCGCUUCUGCUGCCAGUUCAUAACUUCCGUCACUGCGCUUUAUGACCUGUCGUCAGACGAUCUCAUCCCACCGUUGGACUUGCUUGAAAUGAUUGUCAACUGGAUUUUUGAGGACCCAAGAUUGAUUCUCAUCACUUUUUUAAAUACUCCAAUUGCAGCAAAUCUGCCGAUAGGAUUUUUAGAGCUCACCCCACUCACUGGAUUGAUCCGCUGGUGUGUGAAGGCCCCUCUGGCUUAUAAAAGGAAAAAGAAGCCCUCCUUAUCCAAUGGCCACGUCACCAGCAAAGCUGCACAGGACUCAGGAGGGAUGGACAGAGACUCCCACCUCUUGUACUCAAAACUCCAUCUCAGCAUCCUGCAGGUGCUGAUGAUGCUCCAGGUGCACCUAACUGAGAAGAAUCUUUAUGGGCGCCUGGGGCUGAUCCUUUUUGACCACAUGGUCCCGCUGGUGGAGGAGAUCAACAGAUUGGCGGAUGAACUGAACCCCCUCAACGCUUCCCAGGAGAUCGAGCUCUCUCUGGACCGACUCGCACAGGCUUUGCAAGUGGCCAUGGCCUCUGGUGCCCUGCUGUGUACAAGAGAUGACCUGAGAACCUUGUGCUCCAGGCUGCCCCAUAAUAACCUGCUCCAGCUGGUGAUCUCAGGCCCUGUGCAGCAGUCACCACACGCCGCGCUCCCCCCUGGGUUCUACCCCCACAUCCACACGCCCCCACUGGGCUACGGCGCCGUGCCGGCCCACCCCGCCGCCCACCCCGCCCUGCCCACACACCCCGGGCACACCUUCCUGUCGGGCAUGCCCUUCCCGUUCAGGCCCAUCCGCUAGGCCGGCCCCGCUUGCCGCCAAGUGGCAGUGUGCCUUCUGCGCCGGGUUGGCUGGAGGAAGCCUUCUGGACCGGGCGGCUCGCCCCGCAGAGCGGCACCCGUGGGAGGCAGCCAGGCGCCAGCUCUACCGGCAGGACUGUCGUGCGAAAGUCCUGUGACAGCGCCAUCCAGGUACCUCCUACCUGGCCACAUCCGUAAGCGUCCAGAUUGGACAGAUAAAAGGAAAAAUGUCCAGCCCCCCCGCAGAGCGAUGAUGAUGCGGGCAUCUUUAAAAGAUGCCAGUUCUGUGAGCCUGUUGUCUCGUGUGUCAUUUCAGACACACACGCUCUGAGCCUGUGCUGUCGGGGACCCGGACGCGAGAAGCAGCAUUGCAAGUCCGCUUGUCUGGCUGCCUUUCUUGUGAACGGGACGCGUUCCUGCCGCAAACACAGGCUUCUCCGGGCCCUGGGAGCUCGGAGCCGAAACCUCGUGGCACACAGCACCCGGCGCUGCCCAAGGAAACCUGUGAGGAUCGCCCCCGUCACCGCGAAAAGGAGCUGCUCUGUUUUAUUGGGGUCUCUGAAUUUUCCUUUCAUAUGUUCAAAUAAAUUUUUUCUAAACAGUU